AUGCGGCCGGGGCCCGCACUGCUGCUCCUGGGCCUGGGCCUGGGCCUAGGUGGCCUCUUGCCCCGGCCUGGCCCUCGCGGGGCGCCGGCCUGGCCAUCGGGCGUCAUCGGGGGUGCCCCGGGGCCGGGGCUGCGUGGUGGCCUCUCCCGCCUCCGCCCGCGGCCCUGCGCGGCCUCCGAGGACGGUGACUACAGCGACCUCUCGGCGAGGCGCGCGGCCCCGCUCCGCCUGCUCCAGCGCGCCCCGCGCCGGGCCCGCCGCCCGCAGCCCGCCGGGCCCCGGUGUCCCUCGGGGGCGCCUGCCGUCAACUCGUCGGACAGCAGAGCCCUGCCGGCCUCCGAGUCCUGCCAGAAGAGCCCCUGCAGCAUCCAGCAGGUGAAGAUCAACAGGAACGACGAGCACGCGCCUCUGAUUUUGAGCCGGAAGGCCGAAGCCACCCUCAACGUCACCGUGCGCUACCAAUGCCGGGUUUUCCAGUCCAUUACACAGUUCUGGCAGGUCUUUUCCGCGCCCUCUGUGAACGACAAGCCCGACUGGACCCGACCUGUGCAUGCCCCGCUGCUGCGGAGAGGACCACCCACCACCGUUAUACACAUCCCCAAAUCCUCUCUGCCCUGGGGGGUGUACGUGUUUAACUACACAGUGAUCAUCGUCCUGCGGGACCCCCAGAUGCCUGUGCUCACAGCCUCAGAUUCCAUCUACGUCUGGAUCAUUAGGAGCCCCCUGAAGGCCGUUAUUCUGGGACAUGCCAACCUAACCCUUAAUUUCUCAGAUGAACUGGUUUUGAAUGGAAACAUGUCCUCUGACCCAGAUGUGCCCAGACCCUUAGAAGGACUCCAUUUUUCUUGGCACUGUACCACAAAUCCAGGAAACUAUGCUGGAGGCCAAAUAACCAUGACAAACAAGGAAGUCUGUCACCCAGAACAGUCUAGUCUAAAUUGGCCCAGGGCCUCUAGCCCUGUACUAACACUUCCGCCGGAAACACUUAAAGGGGAUGGGGUGUAUUAUUUCAGAAUGGUGAUCAAGAAGGAUUACAGAACAGCAUUUUCUGACAAAAUGGUGCAUGUGCUCCCAGGAUCGAGGCCUGUGGCACACAUUUCCUGUAUCGAAAAUUGCGACAGCACUUUCGUCCUAUCAGACAGAUUUUCUUUGUUUCUAAAUUGCAUGACCUGUGGCAGCCGUGAUAUCUAUAACUGGUCAAUUUUGUCGCCGUCAGGUCAUGAGUUGCCAUUUGAUUGGACUUGGCAAACCGUGACAGGGAGAAAUAGCGCUUACUUGUCUGUAAAAGCUUUUGCCUUCAGAAAUUUUUUGGAAGGCAAGUUUUGGGUUUCUGUCUAUCUAACAAGCUGGAGUGGUCUAACCUUGGACUUCAGGCAUCCCUUUGUUAUUAACCAUGGCCCUCAAAUUGGGGAAUGCAAAAUUAAUCCAACUAAAGGGAUUGCAAUUAUUACUAAAUUCGUUGUCGAGUGUAGUGAUUCUAAGGAUAAACCCACCCCUCUUACAUAUAAAAUAAUAGUGUCUGAUUUGGAUGGUGUUGGCGAAAUCAGUUCAGUAAGAGAAAACACCCUUGGAGCCAUCCUGUAUUUGGGGGCAAGUUCCACAGCACCCCCUUCCUUUCUCCCUGUUGGUGUGCUGGCGAACCGUUAUGCCUUGAAGAUAUAUGCUCAGGUUUAUGACUCUCUAGGAGUUUUUUCUCAGUUGACUUUGUCCGCCACCGUCCAGGCUCCUGCUGACGAAAACACUCCAAAGACUGUGCUGCAUCAUUUACUCAAUUUCACCAUGGGACCAACUUCCUUGCUGUCUAGUUUGUUUCAAAAGCAGGACUGGUUGCCUGCAGGUUACCUAAUGUAUGUAGUAGCUUCUGUUUUGAAUAACAUGAAAACUGAACCAUCUCUGCAGAACCACAAAGCUCAUCUUCGGGAAUACCUUGUAAAUCAGUCUUUCGUGCUUCCUGUGAGCACGCUGGAUGAAGUUAGCCAGGUGGUGAUGGUUAUUGCCAAAUUAACUCAGAAAACCUCUGAAUUCACUCGAGUCGCUCAGAAGCGUGCCACAGAGAGGAUAUGGCAGGCGAACCAAGCCCUGCAGGAGUAUCAACAAAAAGACAAACGCUUUCGCUCUGAACAAAUAGAAAUCGUGAGCACCGGGAUCUUAAUGAGUUUGUCUAAUAUCCUCAAACUGACCAGUCCUUACGAUGUGUUCGAAGAUCCUUUCCAUGUAGUGGAAUCUCUCUCAGACACAAUACUGGCUAAGAAAAUACCAGGGAGUGAAACCACGGUGCUGAGGACCUCCAACUUUAACAUGUAUGUGCAGAAAGUUGAAAAGCAGAAUGUGAACCAGGCCUUCAGAAAUGAGAAACUGUGCCCAAAUUGUCUCCAUGCAACACUGAAUGUGAGCAGGGUUCCCAGCCUGCCUGCGAAGGCUCCAGUGUCUCUGAUGUUUUGUGAGUUUGCAGACAACCCCUUUCCUUGGUUAAGUUAUCCGGAAAACACUUCCACAGAGGUGGUUGGGUUCAGAAUGAGUGGAGCCAUGGAGAAUGGUAGUGUGGUAGAGAUCACACCCGAUGUAGCAGAAGUGUACUUCGUCAGAAAAAACCCGACCUUUACUACUUUCAAUCUCACCGUGGGACCCAGCAAUGAGGUUGGUGGGUCCUCAAAGAAGACAGCGGGGGGCGUUAGCUUUGAGGUAGACAGCAGUGCAGUGAGGGAGGUGCUGGUCCACAUUGUGACAGAAGUGACCGUGUUGUUCCAGGUGCUGGUGUAUGCAGGCAGUAGGGUCACUCCCUCGGAUCUGAUAGCCACUUUCCUUGUGCCUCAAGAUGUCCCUCCAGUUGUCAACCAGACUGGCCUGUUUGACCCCGCCUGUGCAGUUAGGGAGGCCCGCGUGGUUUGUCUGCCAUCAUCCCUGCUGCAGAUCAUAGCUCAGCGUGGCCACUCACUGAGGUGCACCAUAUCCGUGAUUCUGCAGGCACCUCGUUUUGUCCUGGAGCCCAGUGACAAGUUAGUGAGACUUUCUCUCUUCACUGUUCACUGCUUGGACAUGUACGGGAUCCAGAAUGAUUGGAGAGAGGACACCUGUGUACUAGGUGAGAAGACCACCUGGGACAAAGUGCACUGUGUCUGCAGCAACAUAGUGAGGCACAGGCAGCAGCUGAGCUCAAUCAGACUGGCCUACCUUCACCUGCACACUCACUUUGUGACCGCCAAGGUCAUUGUGAUCCCGAACCCUGUGGAUCUGCAGUUAAAGGUCAUCCAGAACCUUAACCAAAACCCCGUGACCCUCUUGGCUGUGCUUUUCAUUAUGUUCAUCUACAUGGUUCUAGCUUUCUGGGCCUUGCACAGGGAUGAAAUGGACCAAUUUCUUCGGGACCGUGUGAUAAUUCUACCUGAUAAUGAUCCUUAUGAUAACAUAUGCUACCUGGUCACCAUCUUUACAGGGAGUCGCUGGGGGUCUGGUACCAGGGCCGAUGUCUUUGUCCAACUUAGGGGAACAGAGAAUACCAGCGAAGUGCAUUGUUUAAGCCAUCCACAUUUUACAACUCUAUACCGAGGAAGCAUCAACACUUUCCUCCUAACAACAAAAAGUGACUUGGGUGACAUCCAUUCCAUUCGAGUGUGGCACAACAAUGAGGGCAGAGCACCUAGCUGGUAUUUAAGUCGAAUCAAAGUGGAAAAUCUGUUUAGCAGAAACAUUUGGCUGUUUGUGUGUCGGAUGUGGCUUUCGGUUGAUACCACUUUGGGCAGAACGUUUCGUGUUAUCCACCCAGACGAGCCUCUGAGGAGAAAGGACUUCUUCCUGAUAGACAUGUGUGAUAAGUUAGGGAAAAACCACAUGUGGUUCUCUGUUUUUUCUGGGGGUGUUCCUAAGUCAUUCAAUAGGCUCCAAAGACUGUCUUGUUGCUUAGCAGUGUUGCUAAGCUCUCUUGUUUGUAAUAUUAUGUUCUUUAAUGUGAACAGACAAGAACAAACUAUGUCAAGAGAGGGGCGCUACAUCAGAUCAAUGAUGAUAGGGAUUGAAAGUGUCUUAAUUACAAUCCCUGUGCAAUUAUUAAUAACAUUUUUCUUCACCUGCUCCCAGAAGAGAUCUCAAGUGAGUCUAGAUGAGGUAGUUCCUCAGAAGCACCCCCUCAUGUCAGAAGAAAAUGGGCACUGGGAAGACCGUUUGGGCAGGUGGCAUGCUUGUGAAUCUGCCAAGGAAGCUGCAAAGCCCACCUCAAAGAAGAAGCCUGAACUUCCAGAGCAUUCUCUCCAGCAGACCUCCACAACACCACACCAGAGUAAGAAAGCCAAGAAAAACCCAAAAACCCUGAAGAAAAACACAAAUUUCAAUAACAGUAAUGUAGAAGGCAAUCAAGAUGCUUCUUCAAGAAGGUCCUCUACCCAAAUGGAUUCUGAGCACUUUAAAAAGAAGCCCUGGCUCGUCCUGCCUUGGUGGUGUGUUUAUAUAGCGUGGUUCUUAGUGUUUACCACUUCCGGCAUAUCAUCAUUCUUUAUUGUAUUUUAUGGCCUGACUUAUGGCUAUGACAAGUCAGUAGAAUGGCUCUUUGCAUCUGUCUGUUCAUUCUGUCAGUCAGUUUUUCUGGUGCAGCCAUCUAAGAUUGCACUCUUGUCAGGCGUCAGGACAAAUAAGCCCAAGUACUGUAAAAACCUCUCAUGGUCGAGCAAGUACCAUUAUACAGAGAUUAGGAUGCACCAGGUGAAGAUGCGCCCGGAGGAAAGAGAGCAGCUCCAUCAGCAAAUCAUCCGCAUUCGAGGCUCACGCAUGUACCAGCCCCUCUCGGGGGAUGAGAUCAGAAUAUUCCAACGCAAGAAGAGGAUCGGGAGAAGAGCCCUCCUGUUUCUGAGCUACAUUCUGACUCAUUUCAUCUUCCUGGCCCUUCUCUUGCUCCUCAUCAUCCUGCUGCACCACAAUGACAGCUUCUACUACAACCAGUUCAUUGGCGAUCAGUUCUCAGUGGGUCUGUCAGCCGUGAGGAAGUUGGAAGACAUCUAUAGGUGGCUCAACAGUGUGCUCUUGCCUUUGAUCCACAAUGACCUGAAGCCCACAUUUCUUCUUGACAGCUCUUCUAAAAUUCUUGGCCUUCCACUCAUGAGGCAAGUGAGAGCCAAAUCUAGAAAAAAAAAAUGUCUGCCUGCCAAAAACUUUGUGCAAAACAACACUGCAGGAGAAAUUUAUUGUCAUCCCAAGUAUGGCACUGACCCAGAAGACACAGAAAACUAUUCUAGCUUUUGGAAAAGGGGUGGUAUGCUGCCCACAGACAACAAUACCAGUGGGUUUGUUUAUAAGCCUCCAGGGAAAGAAUGGGUAUAUUAUACCUAUGGAGUGUUACACACCUACGGGUCAGGAGGGUAUGCAUUCUAUUUUUUUCCUGAACGGCAGCAGUUUAAUUCCACACUGAGGCUUAAGGGACUCCAAGGAAGCAGUUGGCUUGAUGAGAAGACAUGGGCUGUGAUUCUGGAACUAACCACAUUUAAUCCAGAUGCCAAUCUGUUCUGUAGCAUUUCGGUUGUGUUUGAGGUCUCUCAGUUAGGGACCAUCAACGCGAGCGUCUCAGUGCACUCUUUCUCACUUGCUGAUUUUAACCGGGAAACGUCAGCAGAAAUCUACCUGUAUGUGGCCAUUCUCAUUUUUUUUCUAGCCUACAUUGUUGAUGAGGGCUAUAUCAUCACACAAGAAAGAGCAUCCUAUGUGAGAAGCGUGUACAAUCUGCUCAACUUUGCUUUGAAAUGCAUAUUCACCAUGUUGAUUGCACUCUUUUUCAAGAAGCAUGUCUUGGCUACUGGCAUAAUUCAAUUCUACCUGUCGGACCCUGUAAACUUCAUUCCCUUUCAUGCAGUUUCCCAAGUAGACCAUAUCCUGAGGAUAAUUUUGGCUUUCCUGCUAUUUCUGACCAUUUUGAAGACACUCAGGUAUUCCAGAUUCUUCUACGAUGUGCGCCUGGCACAGAAAGCCAUCCAGGCUGCCCUUCCUGGCAUUUGCCACAUGGCCAUUGUGGUGUCUGUGUAUUUCUUUGCAUAUAUGGCUUUUGGUUACCUGGUAUUUGGUCAGCAUGAAUGGAAUUAUAGUAGCUUGGUUCAUGCCACUCAGACGAUAUUCUCUUACUGUGUCUCAGCUUUUCAGAACACUGAGUUUUCCAGUCACAGGGUCCUGGGGGUCCUUUUCCUCUUGUCUUUCAUGCUGGUGAUGAUUUGCAUCUUGAUCAACCUGUUUCAGGCAGUGAUCUUGUCUGCCUAUGAGGAGAUGAAGCAGCCUGUGUACGAGGAGCCAUCCGAUGAGGUAGAAGCAAUAACCUACUUGUGUAGCAAGCUACGAACUAUGUUUAGCUUUCUGACCUCCCCUUCUAGGGAGGACAGGAAGGACAGUGAUGAGCCUGACUUCUUUGAUGAAAUGCUAUAUGGGCAGCCAGAGAAGAACAGUCACCGGUACCUGGGGCUGAAGACCAGAAACAUCAAUGGGAAGAAAAUGGUUUACCUUGUUGUUUGA